CCUGUCUGGAAUGUGCACGUUGUAUUCCAGCCUUGCCAGAGCAUUUCUGAGGCCCAGAGACAGUCCCUGAGGGAGCUCUGCCACCUCCCAGCUGAGAACAAUAACGUUAUUGUUUUUGUCAGGAUCUUCUAGAUGUUAUUGGAAUGUGAUACAGAGAAAAAUGUUCUUUUCUAACGACUCAGUUGUGGACUUUUAAUCAGCCUCGGAUUUCUGGGAAUGCUACAAUAUGGCUUCAGUUGGGAAUGAGAUAGAAAGGUGGACUCACAGGCAAGGUGGCAGAAGUGGGGAGCUGGCAGAGCCUGUGAUCUCCCCUGACAAUGCUCAUCAUCUGUCACCAGUGAUGUCGAUGGGCAGCACAGACCAUGCCCUGCACCUGCCUGGGAAGGCAGACUCUGCCUACAGCUCCUUCUCAGGGGGCUCCAACGUGCCAGAGUGUCCCACCCGCCCCUGCUGUGGGGAAUGUUGUCCUUUGCCCCCGGAGCAGGCACCGUACAUGGACUCGGAGUACGUCAGGGGAAUUUAUACUCUCAGUGCUGCCCCCUCUGACCUCAGGUCCCUGCAGCCACACAAGGCACCAGCCCCGAGCAUCCAUCCCAGCUCUCCCAGCCUCCCUGACCGCUGUGGAACUGAUCCCACCAGAGAGACUUUAACUCAGGGACCUCCACCUCUGGCAGCACCUCCACCUUCCCCUCCCACACGACUCGACAGCUACAACAUCACCAGACACCGGGACAAUUCCAGAGGGGGACACAGCUCUGGAGGACACAGUGGGUGUAAGGUGCAGGCAGCUCCUGGAGUGCAGGACAGUCAGCUGGCACACAGGGAUGUGCCAGGGAGCCAACACUGGGAUGAACUCACAGAGCGAGACAUCAGACCUGCCAGGGAAAAGACUCUGGAAAACAAGGGCCUUUCUUCUGAUUCUACAAAUGAGGCAUCUGUAUCAAACAUUCAGGGGUUAAAGACAGGGGGAAAUGGAGAGUGGAGCCCACCCCAACAACCUACAAAGAGAAGCAAUCCACACAUUUGCAGCAGACCUUCUUCAUUCAUUUUUCAAGAAUAUUUAAAGACAGACUCUGUGGCAAAUGUGCCCAAAAUACUUUCUGCUUAUAAUUCAGUUCAUGGUUAUAAAAUUCCCACCGAGAUGAACUCCAAGUCCUACCACCCAGCACAUUCCAACCCCAGCGCUGUUAAUGAUACACAGGAAGUCAAACAGUGUCCCUGUGGGGUGCAGAAUCCAACUGCCAAAGCAACUCUGCCAAGCACUGUGCCAGGACCCAGCCAGAAAAAGGGGCCCUUGCCCCAUGCUCAGGACCUGCCCUGUGCAGAGUGGCAUCCAGACAUGGACCAGGAUGUGUUUGAGGACAGCUGUGACUUACAACAUAUGGAGAAUGCUCUCCCAAUAAAAAAUGCUUCCAGGAAGCUGAGCAGUUGUACAGACAAAAAUCAGUGCUAUGAUUCGGAAGGGAAAACUGGGAGAGGUGUCAGGGAGCCAGUCCUGGAUCAGCAAGCCAGAGUGCAGAGGUCACUGGGGUGCUGCAGCUGCGAGGCUGUGGGAGCAGAGCACCCUCAGCACAAGGGGCUGGAUCAGAGAAGGAAGCAGUGCUGUGAUACCAGCAGCCAAAUGGCUUUUUUCAGACCAAAGGAAGAUUCCACAUCUCACUUAGUAUGUGAAUCCCAGGAAGGAAAACAGGAUAACAACAGCAAUCCUGACCUCAGCACGUGCCUGGAACAAGAGGAUCCUCCUGUUCAGAAACACCACCCUGGAUUUCAAACCCAGCUCUCCAGACAGCUUUGGGAGGACCGUGCUGGUGAACAGAUAACCAGGCAGAUGACCCCCAUGCUUUACUACCUUUCUGGGGGGACACCCAGCAGUGUCCCACAGCCCACCAAGCUCUCCCACAGCCAGGAGGACUCCAGGAGGUCACUGAGGGAAAUCCCUUCAGGCUGUGCUGCCUCAGCACAGGGUGUGGAGAAGCCAAGGGAGAGCCCUCAGUGUGCAGGGCCCAGCCAGCACCCCCGGGGCAGUGCUGAGCUCCAGAGCCCGGAUCCCACCCUCGGGGACCCUGCCUCAUUCACAGAGGAGAGCUUCCAGGAUGACUACAGAGAGAAACUUAAAGUGGCUCAGAAAAAGGUUCUUAGAGAAACCUCCUUUAAGAGAAAAGACUUACAGAUGAGUUUGCCUGUCAGACUGAGACAGAAACCCUCUAAAAGGCCGUCAAUUGAACACCUUCGGUCUUUCUCGUUAUCCAGUGCAAACGAGGAUCCCAAACCUGUUCUUUGCUCCCCUUCUCAUCUAGAAUCCCUGGAAAGUUUCAAUAAAGAUGAAGAAAUACAGAAGCCACAAACAGGUCGAGUAGGGGCAAGGAAAAGGGUAACCAAAGAGGAAAAGAAACUGUGCUAUUCUGAGCCUGAGAAGCUCGAUCAGCUAAUGGAUAAGGAAGCAUCUUGGAGUCAAGUUAAGGAUGAAAUCACUGAGCAAGAUAUAGUGGCACCCAGAAGAAGGGCUCUGGAGAAUGGAGAAAGGGCACUUUCCAGUUCCAGCAUCUCCAGGACAGAGCUGAAACAAAUCCAGCAGAUUGCACUGAUGGAAUACGUGGAGCGAAAGAUCAGCCAAAGGCCAGGGGGUUCACAGCACCUCCCACUGCAUAAGCCCCCCCUGCAGAAGAGGCUGUCACAUCCCAAAGGGCCUCCUGGCAAGAUUUCCAACCCAAAUGGGACCGGGAAGAUUGAAAAUGAUGAGGUUUUCCAGCAAGUUUUCCCCAGAGAAAAAUCGCCCGAUGUUUUUCCUGCCUCGGCUCUCGCGGCCCCGCCGGGUGUGAGCGGCAGGGCUGACCCCGGCGGGGCUGACCCCGGCCGGGCUGACCCCGGCGGGGCUGACCCCAACAGAGCACACGGGACCUGCACCAGCACCUGUCCUGCAGCUGAAAGGCUCCCACAGGCAGGUGAUCCUGCAUCAGGGAGAGCUCCUGACAGAUCAAAAUCUGCUCCUCCUUCCCCUCGGGACAUGUGCAGAUGUGCCAGUGGUGCAGCAGCACCGUCCCAGAGCUGUGAGGGCUGUGCCAGCUCCCCCAGUUUCCAUGAUCCUGAGAAAGAUGGAUCCAAGAAUCAUGGACAUAAUGGCAUAACUGGACAUGCAUGUUUUCAGGAUACUAAGGAGCUGGUUCCUGAAACCUCUGUUCCUAUCCCAAGAAGGGGAAGCAGGGAAGGUGCUGGAGUGGAGGAGGAAUGCAGAACUCAGUGUCCGAGUGGGAAUGCUGCACUAGAGCAUCCAGGGCAGCAUCCUGCAGCUCCUGCAGAGCAGGGAAUGUGCCCCCCCCCAGCACUGGCUCAGCCUCUCCAAGGAGACAGAAGUGCAGCCACAGGUUCAGCUGCACAGGAGGAUGUUCCCCUGGAGACAGGGACACGCCUGCCCAGGAGGAGGCUGCAGCCUCCGCACCACCAGCGGGACCAGGAACUUGCUCUGGAGAUCGUGGCCAAAGACAGGUCUCUGGUGGACAUUCUCAUGCCUCAUCCUGACAGAAAAACUGCUUUGGACCUGAUGGAGGGUUUGUUUCCUGUUAACAUUUCCAUGCUGGAUAAAUCACACAGGAGAAAGGGCAAUGUGCAGCAUGUGCAGGAGAAUGAGAAAAGCCAUGGAGAUGGCCCAAAAGAAUGUCCUGAAUCUGAACAUGAAGCCGAGCGAAGGAGCAAAGAAUCUACCUCUGAGGGACACCACGUCCUGACCAGGAGCAGGGACAGCACAAACGACCCAGAUGACAUCACAUCUAAGAAACUGGAGCUCAUGGCCAGCCUGCGGGCCAGGCUGCAGAGCCUGUGGGAGGAGCGGGAGCUGGUCCUGCAGGAAUCCCGGGAAUGCGCGGAGCGGGGCCAGGGGCUGCAGGACACGGUGAGGGACCUGUGCAAGCCCAACGAGUUCGAGCGCUACCUGAUGUUCAUCGGGGACCUGGAGAAGGUCGUGAGCCUCCUGCUGUGCCUGUCCAGCCGCCUGGCCCGCGUCCAGAACGCCAUGAGCAGGAUGGACGGCAGCACGGACACCGAGGAGAGGCACUCGCUGAGCCAGCGGCACAAGCUCCUGUCUCGGCAGCGGGAGGAUGCAAAGGACCUGAAGGAGAACCUGGAUCGCAGGGAACGGGUGGUCUCUGGAAUCCUGGCCAAGUACCUGACAGAGCAGCAGCUCCAGGACUAUCGACACUUUGUUCAAGCCAAGACCUCCUUGCUGAUCGAACAGAAGGACCUCGAAGAGCAGAUUAAGUUUUUCGAAGAACAAUUAGAAACUCUUGAGCAAAGUCUCUCCCUCUAACGCCCACCCCAGACCCUGGUGUUGGUGACCCUCCCCUGGGAACCCACAGGUGCCCAUGGCUCAGGGCUCACGGGGUGAGUUCUUCCAACCCUGCUGGUGCCACAGCACUGGCAGGUGCUCAGAUGCUCUGGGGAUGCUCCAGGCACACCCUGGAUGUGUAUCCCACUUGGACAGGCCAGCUGACAGUGUCUCACAGUGUGCAGCAAACCGCCUUGGGGACAUGACUGAUAGGAUGUGUUGCUCCUAUUAACUUGGUGUGUAUUUACCCUUCUUGUUGUCUGUCCACCUAUUCCCAGAUUGACACAAUCUCAAUAAAAGAACCAUACAAAUAUUUGCCUCCUGUGGGUGGGUUGAAUGUUUGAAAUGAAAAACGAUGUGGGUGCUCAGAUUUGAGUGGGGGAUUGCACAGAGCCCUAGGAAAUGUUAUGGACCAUGUCGGUGAAACUCCUGCACUCACUUCUGCUGUUCAGGUGUGUGACACAGUAAAAAUGCACUGCAAUGCAAGAAAAUAAUUACUUCCUUUCUUGGUAGUUGCCAUCCCUGAGUCUUUCCCGGCUCUGUGCAAUCCCAGUGGGCUGUUCAGAGGAGGUCAGAAGAAGGGUGGUCCUCACUGACAUCAAAGAGCCGCUCUGUGAGGGGGCCAGCUCACAUGAACGGCUUUGGGAAUCAUAAACUCUGAGCUUAUUCCUGCACAGUCAUUUGCAAAGACCUUGCUGUGCUUUUGAAGUGCUUGUUUUUCAAGCAGCACCUUCAGGAGGUUGUUUUUGGGUAGUUUUCAGUUGUCAGCAUGCACAGGAAGCCUGGAUGAGGGGGAAGAGCUCUGCUGCAGCGUGGGGCAGGUGGGAGCCCUGGGGGAGGUUAUUUGGUUUCAGAGAGACUUUUUAUAAAUCCCUUGGCAAACAUUUAAACAAAUGCUGUGCGUUGAGUCAGACCAGUGACGCUGCUGUAUUUGAAAUCUGAGUGUGCUUUGCUUGUUUGUAAGUAUUCAGAGAGAACAAUAUUCCAUCUGAGCUACGUACCUAGACCAUGAAUAAGGCAGCACUAAUUGAACUCAGGUUUCUUCCAGAGCCAGAAUAGAUGUUCGUUGUCCCAGGAUGUUGGGCUUUACCAAGAAAUGUUUUACUAGUGGUGUGUGUCCUGACCACAGUAAGUAUCAUCACCACUGACAGAAGCUGGUCCUGAGGCAUCUUAUCCUUUGGAAUUGCAUUUCACUGGGCACAAGAACUCCAGGAGCACAGAGACCAAGCUGCCAUGUGUGCUGUGGUGAUUGCCUUAAUACCUGGGGGAAAAUGGCCAGACACUUUAGAUCUUGUGAGUAGAUCUGCUCAGUGGUUCUCAGAAGGCCCUAAAGACAGGCUUUUAAUACGUAAAUCUGAAAGCUGCCUUUUGAAAAUGGUCUUUAAAAUAACAGAAAUGAUGCUGACAGAGUCAGUGGAGAAUUUUAAAAAAUAUGAGCAAUGUUAAAUGAGCUGUUUGCAUGGUUUGAGAAGCCUGACUCAAAGGUGCAGUUUAUUCUUAUCAUUCCUAGUUGAGGGAAAAACAUCUGAUUGGAAAUAAAUGUUGAGUAAUUGAAGCUAGAGCUUGCCUUUAAGGGGAAGAAUAGACUUACCCUGUUUAGCUUCUCAUCUCUUUUUGGGGGUUGGUGUCAUGGGAGAGUGACUGCUGCUCCUUCCACACCAGCAUUCACAGGUAUGCUUCAAAGAGCAAUGUUAAAAAUAACUUGUACUCUGCUUUCAAACAGUUCACAUCUCUUUACUCCCUGUUACUCUGUUAGAACUGUGAAUUCCAGACAAAGUGGAAAAUGGACACAGUGAUGGCACCAGAACCUCUUUGCUGGCAAGCAGAGACCCCCUUUGUGAAGCAGGGGCAGAUCUGGGUUGUCAGGUGGGUUCCACUUUGAUCCUGAUGGUUUGUUAUUGCUUUAUGGUGAUGGUGAUAGUUCACUCUGGGCUGCAGCCCUGUGCAGCAUUCCUGGCACACUAACAUACUCAGACUGUGGUUUUAGAAGCCCACAUCUGAUGUGCAAAUAGUGAUUUCCCUACUCCCAGAUGAAUGGUGAGGAGCAGCCCUGGGCACCUCUGGGACUGGUGAAACACUCUUUGGUUGCUCAAUACUGCAGUCAUUACCUGCAGGAUAAAGAGCCAGCCUGUUCCUAAGGAUGGGCUGCAUGUCCCUUCAGCAGCAUGGAGACAUGUGCUGGCCACAAACCCCCUCUGGGGAGGCCAGUGCACUUCUCUUGGCUGCUGGGAGACAGGACCACGUCAGGCAGGUGGUGUCCACAUCCCCUGGCUGAUCUUCUUGUCUUCACAUCAGUUUACAUUAUUCACUUAAAAUUUCUUCUCCAUGUAGAACUUACAAACUGAACUUGUUUGUGGGGCUGGCAGGACUGUCCCAGUGAUGGAGAUGUUGAAUGGUCCUGUGGCUCAGCCAGUUUUACACAGGGUAAGAGUGCCUGCUUUUGAAUCCUACUGCCUUUUGCUGAAGGUUUGGUAUUUAGAGCACUGAUUAUAUCCCAUACCAAUAACCAUUGUUUGUGGCAGCCUUUUUCCCAACUUCAAGCCAUGUGGUUUAGAAGCCAAGAUGGCCAGAAAUGCAGAGCAUCUUUGAGUUACAACACUGUGAUCUCACACUGCUCCAGACAGGUUUUUCUGACCCUUUACCAUCAGAAGACAAAUGUAAGACCUGAACUGUAAGUAGCAGUAACUGGUGGUCUUCCUGGGGAAGCAAGUCUUGCAAAUGUAAGGAUUUUGGAAAUGAAACCCUGUGCAGUGCUUGUACAUUGUUACUGUUCAUACUCCUCCUCUCCAGCCUCCCCUUGGUGACCUGUGCAGUGACACCGAGUUACCUCUGCCCAGGGCCCUGGGCAGCUCUUGGCUUCCAGGGGCUUCUGGGCCAUGGCAACUGCCCUGUGCUGAGACCUGCUGAGCUACUUUGUGAGCAAAGCCAGGUGUGUGUGAGCUGGGGAAUGUGAGGAAUGGAGGAGCUGCCUGGCCCCUGGCCCUCUGGGAGAGCAGGCAGGGAAUCCCCGCUGCUGCCCAGCCCUGCAGGGUCCUGUUGCAGCCUGAGAGCUGAUACUUGAACAUGCCAGGUAGGAGGUACCGUGACCCAGCACUGGAGCACUGCUACCUGAGCCCUGGGUGAGCUGAGGGGUGAACUGAUGACAGCUGCACCCAGGGAAGAGCCAAAGAGGAGUGCUGAGGAGAAGGAAGAGGUGGCACAGGCAAAAUGCAGGAGCCCGGAUCUCCCCGUGGUGGGGAAGGCUGGUGGGAUUCCAGGAGAUCUCUGCAGCUCCUUUGGCCACCCACACAUGGGCACAGUGGGGGUAGAACAGCAGCAGCUUCUGUUCUGCUGAGCAGAUAAGCUGGGCCUGGUUUGGGAUCAGGAGAUGACUUGCAUGGCCUGAGGCAGAGCAGGAGCCGUGGCACCGGUGUGGGGUGGAGGAGCGGUCAGUGGAAGCAGAGCACAUCCUGCCCAUCUGUCUUGGCAGCAAUUGAAAAGAUUUUAGGCAUUUUAGAAUUUCAUUUAACGCCCACUCCAAUGUGUGAGAGUCACUGCUGGAUCAGGAGCCACUGUUUCAGCCUCUUGGGCACUAAAUUGAAGGAUCUUAAUUAUUUUGUUUUAAGCCCCAGUCUCAUUUUUCUUCACUGGCGUGUUAUGCUGAGGAACUUCUGCAUGUAGAACUAAUUAAGGAAUGGAGGGCUGCAGGAGUUAAUGCAAAUGUACUCUGCAAAAGAUCUGUUUGGUGCUUGUGAGAGCUGCAUUUAAUAAGUAAAAAGAUGUUCUCUCUGCUUUGGGAA